CAAUUCUAUAUAUAUUCUUGCUCGCUAUCCCACUUUUCCUUGAGAUAUAGGUACGUACCUGUUUCUAGCGUGGGAGAGAGAUCACAAAAGCCAAAACUAUUCGGUCUACGAAUUUCCAAGACUAGCUACAGUUCCAUGCUCGACCAUGGAAAACAUGAAGAAACCUAGCAAAGAAAGCAGACUCACAAAGUUCAUGAAGGCCCCCCUAAGGGUUUUAAUCAAGGCCAGGGAUUUCUACAUCAUGAGCAUGACCGAGUGCUCCGGUCAAUUCGAUUACGGCACGGCCAUGGGAUGCCCUGGUGCACAGGUCCCAAGUACUUUGCCUAGAAGCUUCAGCACAAGCUCUACCAGAUCAAGCACUGCCGAUAACGAAGAUUACAGAGAGCUUACGAGGGCUGCUUCUGCUAGGAGCUUAAGGAAUAAAAUUGAAUUUGAUCUUGCUCGAAAAGCGCAGCUUCCUAGGCAGCCUCCGGUGGCUGGAGUGCCCAACGCUAUGUCUCGCAGUCGAAGUGUUGGAAUCGGAAGGAUCGACGAAGACAAGGCGUGUGAAUUUGAAGAAGAAGUCCAGUUCAAGAGAGAUGUGUAUCCGAGAAGUAGGAGCUAUGCUGUUUCUAGGAGAACAAAUUAGAAGGGGUGGCUUCUAUAAUUAUCUUGCAUUAUUAAAUUAUAUCAAAGUCAAAUGUAUCAUAUUGAUCUUAAUAUCCUUUUUAAUUUCAAGUGUUUUAGCUAGUUGAUUGUCGAAUGGGGGUUGUUAUAUAAGAUUUUAGUUAUGCAGAUUUGAACCAGUAUUUCUAUGUAAAACACCGUGAAAUGAGAGAUGUAUAUUAUUGGGUACGUAAUGUGUU